CUCCCAAAGUGCUGUGAUUACAAGCGUGAGCCACCACGUAUGGCCCGACUAUUUUUUUAAUAUUAGAAAUUAUAUAUAGAGAUAAAAACUUUGAGCUCAUAAUCUAUGAUUUGGUGAGACUACUAAAGGGCAUCUAAUCAAGUCUACUCCUCUCAGGAGAAAUUGAUUCCAAAGUUUGUUAAGUUGUAUAUUUAUUAAAAACACGAAGGUGAGACUCUAGGAGAGGUAUGGGCAGGGUUAGGGGCUCUGGAAAGUUCAAAUACAAGUCCAAACGUUUAGAGUUGAGGUGAACAAUGUGUAUUCAAUAUUAUUCUAAACUCUUGCUAUUAUUCAUACUAAUCGAAAUUUAAUAACUAACCAAGGCGAUAUUUUCCUUUUGCUUUUUCUAGAGAUUUAUCCUGCAAUAAAAUACAGUCUAUUGAAAGACGUACAUUUGAACUACUACCAUUUUUGCAGUUUAUAAAUCUUGGUUGCAAUUUACUCACAGAACUGAGCUUUGGAACAUUUCAGGCCUGGCACGGAAUGCAGUUUUUAUACAAGUUAAUUCUCAAUCGCAAUCCUCUGACAACUGUUGAAGAUCCGUAUCUCUUUAAAUUGCCAGCAUUAAAAUAUCUAGACAUGGGAAAAACGCAAGUUCCACUUACAACACUUAAGAACAUUCUCGCGAUGACUGUUGAACUGGAAAAACUGAUCUUACCUAGCCAUAUGGCCUGCUGCCUCUGCCAAUUUAAAAACAGCAUUGAGGCUGUCGGCAAGACAGUCAAGCUGCAUUGCAACAGUGCAUGUCUGACAAACACCAUACGUUGUUCUGAAGAACUGUCUGUAGGGAAUCCAACAGGAGCGUUCAUGAAGGUGUUACAAGCCCGGAAGAAGCACACGAGCACUGAGCUGACUAUUGAGCCGGAGGUGCCCUCAGACAGGAGUCGCAUCAACUUCUCCGGCUUUGGGAGUGAGCAGCUAGACACCAAUGACGAGAAUGAAGUUAUCAGUGCACUAAGUUAUAUCUUGCCGUAUUUCUCAGCAGGAAAUCUAGAUGCGGAAUCAAUAUUGUUACCGUUCACUAAACUGCUUUUUGCAAAUGUGCAAGAUCGCGAUAGGCCCCUGAGUAUUUUGAAAAACAAUACAGCAUUUGUGGAGAGCGCUGCCCAAGAAAAAAGGCUCGGGAGCCCGGUCUCAAGGGAGCUGGAACAGCCUCACACAGAGCAGGGGCGUGAGAAGUUAGUGGGAAACACCGUCUACACCAAGCCUUCGUUCACCCAAGAGCGUAAGGCGGCAGUCUCCUCUGUGCUGAAACCCUUCUCCAUGGGCGAGCCUUCUGCCUCCACUCCUGCAAAAGCCCUACCUGAGGUCAGAGACAGAUCAAAAGACUUAACCCACGCUGUUUUCAUUUUAGAAAAUGCAAAGGCUAGAGUUAAAACAAUGGAGGCUGCUAAACCUUCCAGAAAAAACUACCGCUUUCAUAAAACUGGCUCCCGUGUGGCCCACAGAACACCCAAGGCCAAAAUGAUUAGGAAGUUGAGAAAGGAAGGUUAUCUCGAUAGACUGAUGCUCGCAAACAGGCCGCUGUUGUCUGCAGCGAAGAGCCUCAUAAAUUCACAAGGGGCUUUUUCAUCCUUAGGAGACCUGAGUCUUCAACAAAACCCUUUUCUGGAAGUAUUUGCUCCUUCAGAACGUUUUAUAGAAAACACUAAUGUAAAAGACACAGCUGCAAGAAAUGCCUUGGAAGAAAACAUUUUUAUGGAAAACACUACUAUGCCAGAAGGUACCAUCUCUGAAAACACAACCUACAAUCCUCCUCCUGAGGCAGAUUCCUCUGGGACUGCGUUCAGCUUAGGGCCAGCUGGUAAACAAACUGAGACAAAAUGGGAAUACAACAACGUGGGCACUGACCUGUCCCCUGAGCCCAAAAGCUUCAAUUACCCAUUGCUUUCAUCCCCAGGUGAUCAGUUUGAAAUUCAGCUAACCGAGCAGCUACGGUCCCUCAUCCCCAGCGAGGAUGUGAGAAGGUUUAUUUCUCAUGUUAUCCGGACCUUAAAGAUGGACUGCUCUGAAACCCGUGUGCAACUGACCUGUGCCAAGCUCAUCUCCAGGACAGGCCUCCUGAUGAAGCUUCUCAGUGAGCAGCAGGAA